AUUAUUUUAAUUCACAUCAUCCCAUUAAAUAAUAUACAACUAACCUUCCCCUCCCUUUUCUCUUACUUGUCUUCAACCAUUCUUUCCUCAUACUACUGUCUCAGGAAGCGCAGCAACCAAUUUCCUAUGCAUUUCAAGCUGUUCAAAUCUUCAGGUUUUUGUUGAAAUCUGGCAGGUCCAGGAACUUUGAUAUGAAUACUUAUGAAAGGGAUGAAACACCAAUGCUGUCAGUUAACCCUGACCCAUUGUCAGAUGAGAAUGAAAAUCCUACAUAUAAUAAGUCUCCAUUGUGGAUGAGAAGUGUAUCUGUUUCUGCUCGUAUGAGUCCUGCAGAAUCUUGGGAGGAAAGUAACUUUGCUGGACACGGCCCUCUAAGAAGUGACAUAACUUCAUUUGUGCAGAUGAGUGGUCCAUUGUAUGUCAAAAGUAAGCCAGAUUACUCAUAUGAUGCUAAAUCACAAGCCCCAGGACUCCAGGACAAAUUGCAGUUGACAGAAAAGUAUUCUAAAAAUGAUGGAAUGACCAUGAAUGGAUGGGAGCAUACUGGUUAUAAUGAGAAAAACACACAUUUAUUAAGAUCUGGUCAACUGGGAAUGUGCAAUGACCCUUACUGUACAACUUGUCCAUCAGACUACAAUUACAGGUCUCAGCAAGGAAAAUUCAGAAGGACUUCUGAUAUAUUUGAUGCAAAGUUUCAUAAUGCACUUUAUGGAGAUGCUAAAGGAUGGGCGAAGAGAUUUUGUUCUUUUGUGUAUUCAUAUAUCCCAGGAGUUAUCAAUCCCCAUGCCAGAGUUAUACAGAAGUGGAACAAAUUUUUUGUCAUCUCUUGCCUAGUUUCGAUUUUUGUUGAUCCUUUGUUUUUCUUCGUGCUAUCAGUAUUAGAGGAUUCAAAGUGCAUAGUCAUUGACAGGGCCAUGUCAAUCACAAUGGCAGUUUUCAGAAGCUUAACUGACAUCAUUUAUCUAUUUCAUAUCCUUCUUCAGUUCAGGCUGGCUUAUGUUGCUCCUGAAUCUAGGGUGGUUGGUGCUGGAGUCCUGGUUGAUCUGCCAAGCAAAAUUGCACUUCAUUAUUUUACUGGAUAUUUUCUGAUAGAUUUUUUUGCUGCACUGCCGAUUCCUCAAAUCGUGAUAUUGCUUGUUCUGCCAAAAUCCCUGGGUUCAUCUGGUGCAAAUUAUGCAAAGAAUCUCCUCCGCGUUGCAAUUCUUGUUCAGUAUAUACCAAGAUUGUAUAGGUUCCUCCCUUUGUUGGUUGGGCAGUCAGCCAUUGGCUUCAUCUUUGAGUCAGCAUGGGCAAAUUUCGUUAUUAAUCUCCUCACAUUUGUUUUAUCUGGGCAUGUGGUGGGCUCUUGUUGGUAUCUCUUCGGUUUACAGAGAGUGAAUCAAUGUUUGCGAGAUGCCUGUCACCAUGCUGAAAUUGAGUUUUGUAAGAAUUUUAUUGAUUGCGGGUAUUGGAAUCCAAAUCAGCAUAGUCAAACAAAAGGGUGGGUUGAGUGGAAAAAUUCUCAAAAUGCUACUCGCUGUUUUACUUUUGACAACCCAAGUAAUCAGUUUGAUUAUGGCAUCUAUGCAAAAGCGGUGAACCUUGUCACGCAACACCGCAUUGUCGACAGAUAUAUAUAUUCCUUGUUUUGGGGAUUCCAGCAAAUCAGUACUCUGGCUGGAAAUUUAGUGCCUAGCUACUUUGUGUGGGAGGUUCUGUUUACAAUGGCUAUUAUAGGACUUGGUCUCCUGCUCUUUGCUUUACUUAUUGGAAACAUGCAGAACUUCCUGCAGUCUCUUGGUCGUAGGAAGUUGGAAAUGUCACUUAGAAGACGUGAUGUCGAGCAGUGGAUGAGCCAUCGUCGUUUGCCUCAGGACUUGAGAAGAAAAGUCCUUGAAGCAGAACGUUACAGCUGGGCUGCUACUAGGGGAAUAAAUGAGGAGAUGUUGAUGGAAAUUCUUCCAGAGGAUCUUCAAAGAGAAAUUAGACGCCAUCUCUUUAAGUUUGUUGAAAAGGUUCGAAUUUUCACACUGUUCAACGAGAAGGAGCCUAUCUUAGACGCCGUUUAUGAGAGGCUUAAACAAAUGACAUACAUCAAAAAUAGUGAAGUUUUAUAUCACGGGGGUUUCAUUGAUAAGAUGAUUUUUAUUGUACGAGGGAAAAUAGAAAGCAUUGGAGAGGAUGGUAUUACUGUUCCUUUAUCUGAAGGAGAUGUGUGUGGUGAAGAACUUCUUACAUGGUGCCUUGAACAUUCCCCCGAGAAUAGAGAUGGAAAGAAAGGCAGGAUCCUUGGGCAGCGGUUGUGGAGCAACAGGACUGCAAGAUGUUUGACAAAUGUCGAAGCAUUUAUACUUAGAGCGCGAGAUCUUGAAGAGGUCACAAAUCUCUUUCCAAGGAUCUUGCGAAAUCCACGAAUCCAGGGAGCCAUAAGGUAUGAAUCCCCGUAUUGGAGAUGCUUUGCUGCAAUGCGGAUUCAAGUUGCUUGGAGGUACAGAAAGAAGCGACUCAAUCGCAUGGGAGGAUAAAGGAAUUCGAUAAGCACUUCUAGGUGCGGAGUUGUUGUAGUGAUGAAAUUCAUAUAUUGUAUUUGUAUAUAUAGAGAAAUUUCUGAACAAUUGUAGCUCAAAAGUAAUCUCAUUUCGAAAACAGUUUGAUGGGUUAUUUUGAUAACUCGCCAUAAAGUGAGGGUAGAUACUUUUCUAUAAAUUUUGAAAGGGGUAAAUAUAUGCACCUAACAAUAAAAGAGCAUUUGGUUUAUCACUAAUUAUUAGGCUAGGCUGCCUAAUUAUAAUAUUAAAAGUAGGCAGCCUAAGCCCAAUUCUAAUAGAGAAGCCCAACCACAACUAGUGUCAUUUAACCCCGCUUCUAUUUAUCUCUGCUCAUUUGCUAUUAGCUUAGGGCAACAAAAAAACUCACUAAUUCUCAUUUUCUCUCUCCUCUGUAUUUCCCUCUCCUUUCUUCCAUUGAUAAUCAAGCAUUGACUCAUGGUGGAUGCCAUGGAACAUCUCAGAGGUCACAUUUACCUUGUUCGAAUCCCUGAACCAACAAAUCACAUCUUCAAAAGAAGAAUGCUGCGUUUCUUUUCAUACUCAAGUUUAAACAAUUUUUGUUGGAGGUUGCACAAGAUGAUGAAUUAAAUUCACACGUUUCCGUUGUUGCUGAGUCUAAUGUUGAAUCGAGAUCUUUAGUUGUACUUGGUAUGUUGGCUUUUAAAAUAUAUUUUUUUUAUCUUAGUCCCUUUUUUUCUUAUAUUAGUCUCUUUAUGGAAUAAAUUGGUCACAUAAUAAACUGUCAUGAUGUCUUUUGACUUUUGUGUUGUUAUUGAUUUGUGGCAGAAGAUAAUGUUGUUGAUCGAUUCUCCAGUGAUUGCAUUCGUCGAGUCAGACUCGUUGACUCAGAACUCGUCCUCAAGAAAACUCAAUGGGAAGGCGCCGGAGUUCGUUCCAAAGAAAGUUUUAUGAUUCUCCAUAACCUGAGCAUGAAACAGACUUCAAGAAUGCUAGAUUGUUGUAGCUUCUUGAAUUAUUAUAGUGGUCACAUAAUGAUUUAUGUUGGUGACACAAUGGUUAUUGUUGGUCACUUAUUAUUAUUUAAACAUUUAGGAAUCCACACAUGUAAUUGGAGUGACAUUUUGUUAGUGAUUAUAGUAAUAAAUACAGUUGGUUCUUUCCAUUUCA